UCUAAUGCACGUCAUGGCACAGAAAAAAUUCGUGGGUCGCAAUUAGCAACCACAUUGAGCGUAUUGUUGCUCACACACCCGCGUCGAAACAUGACCUGCAAUGAAUGACUAGGGACAAAUGUAAGACAAGCAGAAGAAAGACGUGUUGCCUACUAAUUUCUCCUCAAAGAAAGCGACCGCCAUUAUCGUUACCAUGCCAACACCAGAGAAGACUAGAAGUCCUUUUUUAGUUACAAAAAUGAGCAAUAACAAGGCCUCCAGACAAUUGGCAUCCGACGCUACCCACGUUAGACGGCCACGUAUCAUACACGUGUGUGUUGCGGCAAACCACUCCUCCAUCUGAUAAGACAAACAUUUCGGCUAAUCUGAGAGCUAAUCUGUAUGUAUCGCUAUCCAUAGCUCGGCCGACUGCGAUUUGACUGGAUGAAGUGCGAGGUGGAGUUGUACGAGCACGCCAUCCGCAGUGCCCACUGUGCUACUCAAAUAGAGAUGGAGGCACUGGAGGAGGCCAUCACACUCAGUUGGAAGAGUCUAACAGUCAAGGCUCCAGCUCCGCCUUCCAGUCUCAUGGAGCGUUUCGUUAAAAAACAAGAGUCUACCCCGUGUCAGAGGAAUAGAACUAUCCUCAAUGGAGUGAGUGGGAGCGUAUGUCCCGGUCAGAUGAUUGCAAUUGUUGGUUCAAGUGGAGCUGGAAAGACCACCCUUCUGAAUGUGUUAGCAAGACAGAACACGGCUCGUCUCAAAGUUUCUGGGUUUAUUCAUGUCAAUGGGAAGAACAUUGGCAAUAGAAUCAAAGACAUAUCAGCUUAUGUUCAACAAGAAGAGUUUUUCAUUGGUACUCUAACUGUAAAGGAACACUUGACUUUUCAGGCUAUGCUGAGAAUGGGCAAUAGGUAUACAACAGCUCAUAAAUUGAAACGAGUAAAUCUCGUUCUUAGAGAGAUGGGUUUGAGGAAAUGUGCACAUACUGUCAUUGGUAUCCCUGGGAGACUAAAGGGAAUAUCCGGAGGUGAAAAGACACGUCUUUCGUUUGCUUCAGAGAUUUUGACCAAUCCAUCCGUUCUGUUUGUUGAUGAGCCGACGACUGGUUUGGAUGCUUUCAUGGCUGAGAUGGUCGUGAAAGUAUUACAAGACAUGGCAAUGUCAGGAAGGACCAUUUUGUGUACCAUCCACCAGCCAUCAUCACAGAUAUUUAACAUGUUUGGAAGUCUGUUGCUACUUGCCGAGGGACAAACAGCAUACCUGGGAGCGACAAGUGAUGCUCUGGCAUAUUUUCAACGUCUUGGGUAUGCUUGUCCAGAGAAUUACAAUCCUGCUGACUUCUAUGUACAUGCUCUGGCCAUUGUCCCGGGAAGAGAAGACGAAUGCAAGCUUAGAGUUAAGGAAAUCUGUGACACAUUCAACUUACACUCUCAAACGUCGACUGCUUCCAAUGAAAUUGGUCAUCACAAUUGUGAUGAGAGUGAGAUGGAAUUCACAGUCAAGGAAGGAUCAGGGUUUAAGGCAUCGCUGUUUUCUCAGCUUUGUUUGUUACUCUGGCGCUCAUGGUUGAUUCAGUCACGUGAUCCAAGUCUUCUACGAAUAAAAUUUUUGCAAUCAAUUUUUGUAGCUCUUCUAAUGGGACUAAUCUAUUUUGAUAUUGCUGACGAUGAGCAUCGCCUACAGAAUAUAUCGGGAGUUCUAUUCUUUGUCUGCAUUAACAAUACUCUGAUCAACAUGUUUGCAGUGAUCCAGACUUUUCCAUCCGAGAUGCCUGUAAUGUUGAGAGAACACGGAAGUCGUCUGUAUCGGAUUGAACUCUACUAUCUAACCAAACAUUUAUCAGAUCUGCCAGUCGUUGUAUUCCAGACAUUUAUCUACUCUAUUGUCAUCUAUUGGAUGGUCGGUCUUCAACAGUCUAUGGACAAGUUUCUAGUAUUUUAUGGCGUGUUAAUCACAAUUGCCAACAUUGCGCUCGGAUGUGGGUACAUUGUGUCUGCAGUUGCUCCCAAUGUGUCUGUUGGUUUGGCCAUCGGUCCUCUGUUUGUGAUUCCUAUGAUGGUGUUUGGUGGACACGUGGUGAACAUUGAGUCGAUUCCUGUGUAUUUCUAUUGGAUCAGCUACGUUUCAUGGUUCUACUACGGGUUUGAAGUUCUGAGCGUCAACGAGUGGGCUGGCGUCACUGGAGGCAAUUGUCCGUUUAAUACUGUUAUUGGAUGCAGACCAAAUGGCACUGGAGCUUUGAAGUUCUUUGCUCUAAAGGAAAGCAAUUACUAUCGAGACUUGGGCAUCCUCGUUGCUCUAUUAAUUGGAGCCAAAGUGAUCGGUCUGAUUCUUCUCAAAAUUCGUGUUUAUAGACAUGAAAAUCAUUCAUAGAAGUGACACAUGUAGAUGAUGAGAUGCAUCUGAGUACAUGAUGAUUAAAUUAUUGUGAUCAAUAAUUUUGUUGGAUUUCUUUGAACUGCUAAAGAAGUUAUUUAUUGGAGAGAUGUUAUUUAGAUAUUAGAAUAUCUGUUGAUACUUGUGUAGAGUGUAAAUAUUUGAUAUUGAUGAAUUUGUCUUGUAAUUAAUUAAAUUUGUUGGUGCAACAG